AUGACUAAACCCCUUCAGCUUCGGAGUAGAAGUCAUCCAGCUCAUUGGAAGCCACCGGAAAAAGGAGUGAUAAAAAUUAAUGUAGAUGCCGCAUUUCCGGUGGGAGAAACAUUCUACUCCCUAGCGUGCAUUGCUCGAGAUGAUAGUGGUAAAUGUGUCUGGUGGGCUGCAUAUAAAAUUCCCGGACGUCCAAAGGCGAUAGACGGAGAGGCUCAUGCGGUUCUCCGAGCUCUGGUAAAAGCUAAAGAAUUUGAUUGGCCCAAAGUUAUCAUUGAAGGUGAUAAUCUCUCGGCUAUCCAAACCCUACGGGACUGCUCCGUCAACUCGGCAUCCUUUGGUGCGUACAUUGAGAAUAGUAUUCAUCAAAAUAAUUUGCCGUGGAUGGUAGGAGGUGACUUCAACGAAAUACUUGAUAACGCUGAGAAGAAAGGAGGACCUCAAAAGUCGCCGGCCAGUAUUCGAGCUUUUCGGGAUACCUUAGUUGAUUGUGGGUUGGCUGAUAUUGGUUUCAAUGGUGAUCCGUUUACUUGGUCGAACAAUCGAAACGAGCCUUACACUGUGCGGUGCCGGCUAGAUAGAGUUUGUGCAAAUUCAGAGUGGAUUUCCAUGUUUUCCCAGGCGCAAGUUUCACAUCUCGAUUACCCAGGCUCCGAUCACUGUCCAAUAUUACUUUCCCAUAAUACUAAUACGAGGAACACGACAAGAAGGCGACGACCAUUUCGCUUUGAAGCAUUGUGGAUUAUAAGAGAAGAUUGUGAAGCAAUUAUUCAACAACAGUGGACGGGGAAUAGUGAGCUUAACCCGGUUGAAGAAGUUCUGACCAAGACCAAAGAAUGUCGGCUUGCUCUUCUCAGGUGGAGCAAAACCACCGUUAAACAGCCCCAGAUGCGAAUUGCAGAAAUUAGAAAAAAGUUGAAAGUGCUUAAAUCAGGACUUAUAUCAGAAGAGAACAAAGCGGAGGUGAAAGAGUUGCAAGCGGAAUUAGAGAAUCUCUAUGUUGAUACCGAUAUGUACUGGCGUCAAAGAAGCAAAGUUCAAUGGGUUCGCGAGGGGGAUAGGAAUACGAGUUUUUUCCAUGCAAAGGCCACUACGAGGAAACGGAUCAAUACGGUUAACAAAAUUAAAGACAAUUCAGGCUUCUGGAGAGAUAAACCUGAGGAGAUCGAAAAAGUGAUUUCAGAUUAUUUCGAGGAAAUCUUCAAGUCCACCGAUCCAAGUGUUAUUGAGAUAGAUGAGGUGUUGGAGUGCAUUGAACCUCGGAUUUCGGGUGAUGCCGCCCAGAAGCUAACCCUCCCUUUUACCAAAUCCCCGGGUCCCGAUGGCUUACCGUUCGGUUCAGUGCACCCAACAAGGGGACUACGCCAAGGAGACCCACUCUCCCCUUACUUGUUCAUAUGUUGUGCGGAGGCAUUGAUUGCAGUGAACCGGGCGGUGGAUAAUGGAGAGGUGCAUGGAAUUCAAGUGGCUCCCUCGGCCCCCAUUAUAUCGAAUUUAUGCUUCGCGGACGAUACUCUCUUAUUUUGCGAAGCCUCUCAAUCGGAGUCCAUGAAACUAAAACAAAUCUUGAGCUUGUUUGCAAGAACUUCUGGCCAGGAGGUGAACCUUGAGAAGUCGACUAUGACUUUCAGCCCGACAACGCCUCAAGCUACGAAAGAGGUUUUGAGCCAAAUCUUGGGCUUCAAGGUGGUGGAGCGUCAUGAAAAAUACUUGGGAAUGCCAACAAAUAUGGGUCGUACUUGGAAAGAAAUCUUUAGCUAUCUUCGGGACCGAGUUUGGGCAAAAAUUACCGGGUGGGGUGAAAAACAACUAUCAAGAGCCGGAAAAGAGGUUUUAAUAAAGGCUGUGCUCCAGGCAAUUCCUACUUACGCGAUGAGUUGCUUUCUACUUCCGCGUGGGCUCCUUGGUGAAAUUGAAUCGGCAAUUCGACGAUUUUGGUGGGGGUCAGGGACGAAGUGGAAAAUGGCAUGGUUAGCUUGGAAGCAUUUGUGUCUGGCUAAAGAAGAGGGGGGUCUUGGCCUCCGCGACUUGCGUUCUUUCAAUAUGGCCUUGCUUGCCAAGCAAGCUUGGCGAAUUGUUACUAAGCCGAAACUUUUACUGGCCAAGAUUAUGAAAGCGAGAUAUUUUCCCAAUGGUUCAUUCUUCACAGCAAACAUGGGUUUUCGGCCAUCGGCGACGUGGAGGAGUAUUUUGGCAGCCCGACCUCAUCUCCAAAGUGGCCUGAGAAUUAAAAUUGGAAACGGACAAGAUACGGCAAUUUGGGGUGACCCGUGGAUUGUGGAUGAUUGCAAUUUUAAGGUUCUCACGAAGCGACCUAUCAACACGCCAUUUCCGAAUCGAGUUGCUGAUAUUGUUGACCCAUUGACUAGGAAAUGGAACGUGGCUCUAAUCGAUGAAGUCUUCUGGCCAAUUGAUAAACAGAGAAUUCUUGCUGUCCCGAUUGGUACCAUGCACGCACAAGAUCGGUUCGUUUGGCAUUCCUGUCCAAAUGGCCAAUUUUCGGUCAAAUCAUGUUACCGCAAUAUUCUUGCCCGACCAAGACAGCUGAACCAGAGGGAAGGAAACGCUAAUCUCACAGGUUCUAGCGGUGAACCGAAGAUGGAUUGGAAAAAAAUUUAG